AUGCGUCUACAUAGUGUACUACUCUCUACUGCUGUCGUUGCCAUGGUGAUGACGACUGGUGACGGACUCAGCACUUCGCUUGAUUCAUUAACAACUUCUCCGCUUAAAAAAUCAUCUUCUGGAACCGAUAUUGAUAAGGACAAGCGUCGACAUUUGUCUGUACAUAUAGAAGGUACUCAAGGCAUCAAAGACUCGACUGAAGUGGAGGAGCGUUCAUUAUUCGGUAAGAAGAAGCACAAGAAACAUGGGCAUAAACAUGAAGAAGAAGAAGAACCGGCGUCUGGAUCUGGGAGUGCAAGGGAGAGUGAUUCAAGCGAUGAUCAACGUAGAAAUCGGGAUUCCUGGGAUUCCGAUGACUCAAGCGAUGAUCGACGACGAAUCCGUAAUCGGGAUUCUUGGGAUUCUGUUGACUCAAGCGAUGAACCCAAGCCAAAAGAUCGAGACAACUGGUCAUGGCGUGUUUAA